UGUCCUGAAUGCGUCAUGGGGCCGAAUGCGGAAGUACAGGAGCUCUAACGUGUUACUGCAGAAUCCUGUUAGACAAGCUACUGCACAUAGUGAAUGCUGUGAACCUGCAUUACCGACGAAUAACAGACAAAUCCGUAGCCAUGUCUCAGAGGGACCUGAAGGAAGCGUUUGUCAGUAAUCUCAAUGGGACCAGUCUGCAGGAGGUGCUAGUGGGCUCAUUUCUUUCCCCACUAUGUCUCAUCAACAGAGGACUGAUUCUGACCUUCUACUAUCAGGCCAAAGGGACUCUUCCUCUGCCACUUCCACAGAUUUCUCACCUGCUUCUGGACUUCUGUGUGCUGAUCCUUCCCCUCGUCCUGUCUUGCACCGUCCUGAGCAGCGUUCUUCACCAGGUCAUCCUGAGCCUGACCUUUGUAACGGCUUGUGCGUUAUGUUACAUCUGUCGUUCAGCUCGGCACCCACAAAAAAACGUCAGCGCCUUCCUCCAGAGUCACGUUCAGUUCAACCAGGUUCCCUUCGUGACUAUCUUUCGAGUGCUUGUGAACGUGAAAACAGCCAUCAGCAUUCUUGCCGUGGACUUCAGUGUCUUCCCAAGGCGAUAUGCUAAAACUGAGACCUAUGGGACAGGGGUUAUGGACUUUGGCGUUGGAGCGUACGUCUUUGCAAAUGCCAUCGUCUGUCCAGAGGCGCGGGGGAAGAACAUCUCAGGAUCCAGGAUGAAUCACAUCGUGAAGCAGCUCCUGGCCGUGUGGCCCCUGGUUGUUCUUGGUAUGGGAAGGCUAGUGAGCCUCAAGAUGUCCGGCUACCAAGAGCAUGUGUCAGAAUACGGCGUCCACUGGAAUUUUUUCUUCACACUCGCCAUUGUCAGAGUCGUGGCCUCUGUGCUUUUGGCCGUUUUCCCAGCCAGUUGGUCAUGGGUCAUUGCCCUUCUGAUCAGUGGAUUUUAUCAGCUCGCUCUGGAGACAUCAGGGCUGAAGGCUUUCAUUAUCCACAACGAUGACAGAGAGAAGGACUUACUGCAUGCUAACAAGGAGGGCAUAUUCUCUGUCGUGGGCUAUGUGGCCAUCUACAUGGCAGGAGUUCAAGUUGGACUCUACGUGAUGAAGCCAAGAUCCCAAAUCAGACAGUGGCUCAAAACACUUUUCAACCUCUUUUUGGGAAGUCUUGUCCUGUACGCUGCUUUGUACGCAUGUCAGACACUCGUGGAGCCGGUGUCUCGCCGCUUAGCUAAUUUACCUUUCUUCCUCUGGAGCAUUGCUCAGUCUAUGUUUUUUAUGUCCUGUCUCGGUACAGCCGACAUGGUGUUACUGUUUUCCAAAAGAUCAUCAGGCUGCAACUUUGUACCCACGUCGUGGAAUCUGUAUAAAAAACAAUCGGACUCUGAGAAAAAGACAUCUGAGAUGGAAAGACACUGUCUGGUUCAAGCAGUCAGCAGGAAUCAGUUGUUGUUUUUCUUGCUCGCAAAUCUCAUGACAGGAUUGACCAACUACAUAGUGAACACACUCGUUUGCAGCAGCUCAUUCUCAGUGUGCGUUUUACUUUCGUACAUGUUCGUGAAUUGCUUUGUAAUAUACGUUUUACAUCUUUGUGGAAUUACAAUGAAAUUCUGGUAAAAUUGCAUUCAUAAAACUACAAGGUUCAUUUGUGAAUUUUGAAGGUUUUUGUGGGGCUGCAGUGACAGACAUUGAACAACUGAAAAUACUGGGAGAAUUAAAUGUUAUAAGAAAAUAUGAUCUGUAAUGCCCAAGAUACUGUUGUACAUAUGUUUAUUUAUGUAAAUAAGUGCAUUUCUUGUUAAAAUGGUGUCUCCCAAUACGUGAAGACUUGGACUACAAUAUAGUGUGAAACCAAACACAGAGUGUUCUUAAGUUAUAUGUUUUUUUUUAAUUCACCUGAGUUGUUGCUGCUGAAUAAUGCAUUCUGCUUAUAUGGGAUUGGUCUACUAUUAGGGCAGUCCUCAACCAGAGAAAUUCUUAGUCAACCAACACUCCUACGAUUUUGUUAAUAAUUUAUUAGUUGACGACUAAUCGUUUCUUGAAGUUUCUUGGAAAUAAGUCAUUCAGCAUGAAAAAAAGCAUUAAAAAAUGACUAAUCGACUAAAGAAAUCUUAGUCGACUAAGACCAAAAUGACCGAUUAGUUGACUAAUGGACUAAGAGGGGGCGGCCCUACCUGCUAUAGAACUGAUAUCAGCUGACUAGGACUUAAGAAUUGGUAUUUUGCUUUCAAUCAUUCAGUGAACUUGAUGGUGAAUUGUCCCAAACAGACACUUUUCUCUUUAUUAUUCUGUUCAAAUAAAGAAAAUAUGUGCACAAUAAUUCUUCCAUGUACAGUAUAAACACAGACAACAUAUAUAUUCAAUACUUAAGAGUUUCAAACCAGAGCUGCAAUACGUUGUAUGCUCAGCUCUGAAAAAAAACUGUCUGCAAAUGUACAUCCACACAUUUUCAAAAAUAAAGAUUUGCCCUUUCAAAA